AGUCAGUCAGUGUGUGUCGCGCACAGAGAUAUUUAUUGUUGUGACAAUUUUAGAAGAAAAAGAUCUGUGAGCUUUCCAGAGCUCAGUCACUGGAGUGGGGGUGUAGAGACUGAGAUGGAGCCUAACUACAGAGAGAGCUGCAGGGAGGGAUACUUCACCGGCGAACGAGAUGAAUCAAGACAACAUCCUCAGCAUCAGAUGACGCACUUUACCCACCAGCUUCCGUACCACUCCAAUCUUGUCUCAUCGCUGCAGCAACCAGCUAUCGUCUUAGAGCAGUCAGAUGUACAGAGGAAUAGAGAAGACUUCACUAGUAACCAUGCCAACCCCUCCAUGCUGCGCUCCAUAUACUCGGGUUCAGGGUCUGUGCUACCUAGUCCUAACAUCCUUCUGCAAUCAACCAAUCAUUUCACGUCCAACAACCAGCAUCCUCAACAGCAACAACAUCAGCAACAACAACAACAGCAACUCAGUCGUCUCCAGCCAACAUCUCGUUCCCAUUUCAGUUCCCCUGGCCCAGCUCACCUAGCCGCCUCUGCUCUGACUGAGGAACCUGCUGUGGCUCACCAUCCCAACCCUGCCCCUGGUGUGGAGAGAGCUGAGCCUUCCAGAGACUCCCUAGGUGCUACCAUGAACGAACCCCUGGAGCUAAUAACUCACAGGCAGCACCAGGCCAUCAAGACAGCAGUCCUCAAAGACAAAGAAGUAGUGCCGCCGAAACUCCCCAACCCCAUCCUCCAUCCCAAGCAUCUCAACCUGUUGCCUCGGCUUCAACCGAAGAGCCUCUUGCCACCACCUCGAAGCAGGGACAAUGUGCGACGCAAGUCAAGCGCUCAGCUACCAGACUUUCUCUCUUUCAAGUAUCUUCGUCAUGAGAAGGAGAAUAUAGUUGGAGUUGUAGCCAAGGAUAAAGUGGAGGAGGGGAUAGAGUUUGGACCGUACAAUGGGAACUUCCUGGAUGAAGAGAUAGGAUCUACCAAGGAAUCAACGUGGGAGCUAUGCACCGGAGGUAAGGUGUUCCUGUACGUGGAUGGUAAGAAGAAAGAUCAGCUCAUCUGGAUGUCUUACGUUCAAUGCGCUCGCAAUGAAGAAGAACAGAAUCUAGAAGCAUGUCAAUACUACGGGCAGAUCUACUUCAGAACUACAAAGUGCAUUGAACCAGGAAGUGAGCUCAGAGUGUUCUACAGUAAGGAGUAUUCAGAGUCUGUGGGCUUCAAGACUACACUCAAAGACUUGAAUUAUAAUGAAGAAGAAGGCAACUUUCAGUGCAACUCCUGUGAAAACCAAUUCCCAACAGCGAAGCGAAUGUUACGUCACAUCAAGUUUGAUCAUGAUCACGACGUUAGCGACGACCUUCGACCUGUCAUUAUCUGGAAGGUCAAAUGUAAGACAGAAUGUGCUAAGCCUGAAGACAUACCAUCAUCGGGAUAUAGGAAUAUAGAGAUGGAAAAUAUUAAGGGAUCCUCACAGGUGUAUUCGCCUAGGCAGUUCAUCUGUACGGUAUGCGGCAAGAAGUUUCCUACGGAAGGCCGGCUCGAAGCUCAUGCCAUGUUCCACGAAUUCAGCGAAGAACACACGUGCCUCCUAUGUGGAGAGAAGCAACGCAACUCCAAGGCACUCACCAAACAUAUGGCUAAACAUGAGUCGUGCCCUCACAAGUGCCGCAAGUGUGACAAGUCCUAUAAGACUCAGAAAAGCUUGCUUCGUCACAAUCGGGAGGUCCAUGUCCUGGGUAGGAAGAAUGCUUGUCGGAUAUGUUCCAUCGUGUUUGUGAAGGAGAGCGAGUGCUUGAAGCAUGAACAAACCCACAAAGAAUACAGCAAGGAUGAUGCCAUGCCUGAUACGGUGUGGAAGAAGAAGAAAUACAGAAAAAGUCAGAAGAUAGAACCUGCUCCAGGCAUGUCAACAGAGGUCCCUGGAGAAGUAAAGACAAUCAGUGAAAGCAAUGUGGGUGCAAGGGCUGCUCCCAGGAAGAAGGCUUUCAAGGGAAAGCCGGCUCCAGAGGAACCCAAAGACAUGCUUGGUAAGACACUUACGUACUACAACAGACCCAGACCUUACAAGUGUCGACACUGUCCCAGGCGGUACAGAUCUCGAAUGGCAGCCUAUGAGCAUGAGAAGGAGACACAUGAAGGGAAGGGAUCAUUCAAGUGUAACCUGUGCCCUCGUGUCUUCAUGAAAGAAAGCAACUUCUUUCAACAUUACCAGUGUCACGAGCAGAACCGUCUCUACCGCUGCUCGCUCUGCCCACGAACCUUUGCGUCUGAUAGCGCCCUCACCAAUCACCAAGGGGAACAUACAGGCCUCAAACCGUUCAAGUGUGAGAUCUGUGGGAAGGGAUUCCGUAUCCGCAAAUGGGUAUGUGCUCAUAAACGCAGGAUGCAUCAGACUCGAGAGCUGCGCUACUUCUGCUCCUUCUGCAACAAAGGAUUCACGGACAAAGGACCGCUACAGAAGCAUGAGCUUCGACACAAGGGCAUCCGACCGUUCGUCUGCAUGAUCUGUGGAAAGGGGUUUGGAGUGAAGUACGUCCUGGAGGUUCACAUGCAGAGCGUUCACUCGGGGGAGAAGAAGUAUGAUUGUGAAGUUUGCGGGAAGAAGUUUUCAUUGAAUCAGCAUUACGUGACUCACAUGUUUAAACACAGAGCACAAGGAGAAGACAUUCCAGGAGCAUCUAACGUCCAGGACACUGAGGAGGGUCAACAAGGUUAAAGGUCAUCUCAAAGUCUAGGCAGUCUCAUGUUAUGGGAAUGUUUUGCUCGUCCAAACAUCAAUCAAUUUCAUUAAUGAUAAUUUAGAUCAACCCUGUGGGAAACUCAGCUCAUACACAAUGGAGAAAACUUCUAUAUUGUAACAUUCUGCACUUGUAAACAGUAUUCAAAUUCGUUAAUUGUAUGAUAUACAUGUAUGUAUUUAUUUAUUCAUGUAAAUUGAGCUAUAUAGAUAUGUGUAUAGUGCUUGCCAAUUCAGAGAGACUCCAUCAUGUAGUUACUUUAAAGUUGCUCAUGAGUGGGCAUAUAGAGGGCAGCACAUGGACGUACGCACAGGAGCGUAAUACCCAUUGGCUCUGUGUUAUGUAGUGAUCGCUAAGUUGCCUACUUCAUGAACGACUAUAUACCCACGCAUGGACAUCUUUAAGGUUAUUAUGUCCAGAAACAUAAUCGUUAUUUCAGAGCUUUUGGAAGUUGGGUCUCAAAUUUUUUAUUAUGUCAUGAUUGUAGUAAGAGUUUUACUAUGUGUACUUGUGUUGAAGAGAUUAUGUUUAGAGUAUGAGGGAGACGUUGCCUUUCUUGCCAAGUUUUCUUUUAACAUCCUACAAUUUAUGUGCCAAAUUGAUAGUAAUACAAUAACACCUGUUUUAGCAACCACCUGUACUGAUAUAAACCACUUGCCUAUAAAGACCACUCGCUCACUUCCCUCUCUCUGUCUAUCUCCUCCUCUCACAUUCAUACACAC